AAUCUAUGCAACAUACUUUAAAGUAUAAAAGUGCCUCAUUAUCUGUUUUAUUAUACAUUUAAUUCAUUGUCCCGUGUUUGGAACAAAGUCCAAAAUGGCCUUCAAAUUUGUAAUUUUCUGCACAUCAGCUUUCUUAGUACAGUCCAUUGUCACCCAGUCAACUAACUGCGGCUGCCGCUCUAUCACGAUAUCUGACAACGGUGGUGCUUUUGCGAUAACCAGCAUCGGUCCCAUCGCGCCGUCCGGCAUCGCCGUCGCCACGGACCUGGCCCUGUCCGGCGACCUGGACCUGUCCGGCGCGCUGCCGUACCUGAGCGCGGUGGCGUUCGAGGGCCAGUUCAACACCAACGGCACAGCGCCGGUAUCGUACAGCUGUGGGGACUGCGUGGCCAUCACGCAGGAGGUCGGGAAUCCGAGUAGCGUGAACGCUGGCCUCUCGUCUGGCUAUGGCGCUGGUAUUAUCAACAGCUGUGGUAGACGUUCUUAAGACACAAUCCCAGUUUAGUUUAUUAAUUACUUAUUAGAAUUAUAUUUUAGUAAACCUUA